AAAAGUCUUACGCAGGACUUGGAGUCAAUGAGAUCUGAUAUCGCCUUCCUCACAGGAGGGUUGAGCCUGCGCACACAGAAGGCCUUCUAUCCACUGGCAGAGAGAGGCUGGUUCAGCUCCCUCUUCAUCCCCGGCCCCAGCGAUGUACUCUGCGGGCGUGGAGAUCCUCGGCAUGAUCCUGGCCGUGGCCGGUUGGCUGGGGGUGAUGGUGGCCUGCGGCCUGCCCAUGUGGCGGGUGGCCGCCUACGUCGGUCAGAACAUAGUCAUCUCCCAGGUGAUCUGGGAGGGCUUGUGGAUGAACUGUUCGGUGCAGAGCACAGGCCAGAUGCACUGCAGGGUGCACGACUCCAUGCUGGGGCUGCCGGUAGACCUGCAGGCGGCUCGAGCCUUGGUCAUCAUCUCGAUGGUGCUGUGCAUUGCAGCCAUCGGCCUCUCAGUGGCUGGGGCCAAGUGCACCAACUGUAGCCGGGACGUGAGCAGUAAACCGAGGCUCGUCGUGGCCGCUGGAGGAACCUUUGUGGUGGCUGGACUGCUGCUGCUGGUGGCUGUGUCCUGGACGGCCCACGCCAUCGUCCUGGGCUUCUACGACCCGCUGCUGGAGGAGACAGCGAAGAGAGAGUUUGGCAAUGCUCUGUACUUUGGCUGGGCUGCCUCCUGCCUGUUGAUUGUUGCAGGGGUCCUGCUCUGUUGCUCCUGCCCCCCCAGAUCAGCUACAGUGCCGAGUGGCGGCGGCUCUGUUCCCCCCCGGGCGGACUACUCGGCUGUCAAGACCAUGUCAGUGAAUGGAUACACCAGAAGAGACUACGUGUAAACGUGAUGAAACAGAUUUGUGCUCAGUAGAUUGAUGCUCGACGGCAGCAUGUUGGGUUUGAACAUUAAAUAUACAUGCUCCAUGUUUUGUUGUCGUCACGGCCAUUUUUUUCUGCAGUGGUGGGCAUCCUGUGUUUCUUCUAACAUUCCAUUUUGAAUAUCAAAACAUUUUACUGGUAGAUUUUGACCUGGUUAGUUGAGAUGUAUCUUCAUGAAUUCACACAGUGCCAUUGCAGAUCAUUUUGUCAUCAUACAAGAUGAUGAAAAUUAAAUUCAUUUUCAAGCCCUCUUAAAGUUUGGAAACUUGUCACGUUGAUGCCACAGAGUCAGAAAUUGAUGUUUAGAUUAAGUGUAACAUAUAACCUCCAUUUUGGUAUGCAGAUAAAGGGGCCGUAUAUGUCAGCUGUAGGGCUGAGCAGUGUCUGGCCAAUGAGCGCUGUGCUGGUGCACAUCAAAAUUAGGUAUUUCAUUUCAGUGCAAAUGGAAGAUAGGAACAAUGGGGGGCUUGUUUUAGAAGAUCACCUCAUUUCUUCCCUUCCAUUGCAG